AUGAACGGUGAAAAUCUACUUACAGCUUUGGUUGACGGCCUGGAGGACAGUUGGGAUGGAAAUGCCUUAGAAUCCAUUCAAGAAGCCGAAAAUCAAGCCUUGCAGACCCCCAAUCGGAUCCAGGUACCCACAACCCCAACACGGGUUGAAGAAGACCUGAGGAGCGGUGUGUCUCUGCCGUCGCGGUCGAAAACACCCCAGAAAAGACCACAUCCUUGUGUGUUUCACGGGGAAAUUGGUGGUAUUUGUGAAGAGGAUACCCCAGCAGCAUCCCCGGACACACCGGUACAGAAAAAGAGGAGAGACACCCUCAGCCCCGGUAGUGUGGAUCAGGCCCCUACAGCUGUGGUGAAUCCUUCGCUAGAGGCCCCGCUGCAGAGGUGCGAGAGGCCGCAAAACCAACAGCGGACCCCGGAUCCUGAAGCCGACGGAGCACCAGACGUGCAGGGCCGCAGAACUGUUACAACAGCGGCUGAUGUCCAUGCAGUACCUAGCCCCAGCUACAUGUUAACAACCCCAGGAUCUCAGGCUCUUCCAUGCCGGUCUGUGUCACCUGCACCACGCACACCUCUCGUGGUUCCAGAGACACCGUCGCCCCCUAGGGUCCGAGGAAGAUCACAACCUCAAAGUGGUAGAGCCGCCAGAAGACUAUUUGAAGGCGCGUUUGAAAAUAAAUAA